GAUUCGCUUGUUGUAUUCACGCCCUAAAGUUUUAAUAUAUAUUUUUUUUUUUUCCUGCUAAAUAGAAAUUCAAAUAACUUGAAAAUUAAAUAGAAAAAAAAUUAUAUUUUAUUCGUGUUAGAUAUAUAAUUUAAAGAUUUAAUUAAUUUGUAAUUUUCGUGAUUAUAUUGAGGUCAUAAAUUGUGUUGUCAAUCAAUUUGAAGACAACAUCCGACAUGUCUUGAUUGACUGAAGGAAAAAAAAAAAACAAAAAUUACAAAUUUUAAUUGCGGAAAUUAGUGGAAAUUAGUGGAUAUCGAGCAAAAAUAAUUAUAAUCAAUAACCUGUCAAUUAAUUUUCGAAUAAAUUUUUUAAUUAUUUUAUUUGUAAAAAAUACAUACGAUGAAUAAACACGAUGAUACGAACGAAAAUUCUCCCCAAACUUCUGGAGAUUCAGAGAGUGAUUUUGAUUCACAACGAGGAUCAACAAUUAUAAAAUCACGAAGACCUAGUUUUUUAACUGAUCGACGUAUAUCUGAAGAUGAAGCAUUGAGAAGAGAUGAAUGGCUUCAAAGAGCACGUUUAAGUUUUAAUAAUCGUCUUAGUGCUAAAAUAUUGCACAAAGUACAAUUUUCAAAUGAUUUUAAUGGUCUUUAUUGUGCUAAAUUUUCACCAUCUGGUGAUGUUAUUGCAACGACAUUUGGAACUGGUGGAAUUCAAAUUAGAAAUGGAGAAACUGGAGCAUUAAAAGCAACAUUAAAAGGUGCUCUACCAACAUCAUUGCCAAUGAUGUGUUGUCGUUUUAAUCCAAUUCAUGAAAAUAUUUUCUAUGCAUCUGGUGCAUGUGGAAAUAUAUUUUUAUGUACUACAGAUACACUUGAAUUUUCAAGAUUUAUUGAAGAGCCUGAUAAUGAAAUUAAUACAAUUGACAUUAAUAUUGAUGGACAAAAAAUAGCAAGUGGUGGCAAAGAUGCAGCAUUAAGAAUUUAUGACAGUCUAACAGGAAAAUUAAUAACUAUUUAUCAAAAAAAAAAACAUGAAAUAAGUGCUGAAAAAGUUGAAAAUUAUCAUAGAAUGCGUAUAUUUUCUGUUAAAUUUCAUCAAACAUAUCCAGACUUGAUAAUAAGUGGUGGAUGGGACGACACAGUUAGGAUUUGGGACAUGAGAGUUGGCACUGGUUCCAUCAAAGUGAUAAAAGGUCCUCAUAUUUGUGGCGAUGCAAUAGAUGUCAGGGAAUCAAAAAUUUUAACUGCAUCAUGGCAUGUACGUAAAAGUUUACAGCUUUGGGAUUUAACCAGUGGUCAAAUUAUUGAUACAAUUGAGCCUGAAAAUCGUCCAACAACAUUGGAAGGAGAAUUUUUUUAUGCUGCACAAUAUUUUGAUGGUGAUCCAUAUGGUGAACAUAUUAUUGCUGGUGGAUCUGGUACUGGUGCUGUUGAAGUUAUAAACAUUACCACAAAACGAGUAGUUGGAAGUUUUGAAGUUAAAAAAGCAGUCUUGACUCUUGAUAGUAAUCGUACGUCAAUUGUUUUUGGUGGAAUGGAGUCAAUCAUUCAUCUGGCAGAUUUUAGUUAAAGAAAUAAAAUACUCAUUAACAAAAAAAAAAAGAAAGAACCAAUUACCUCUUGUUGUUCUUUUAGUUUUUUUUUUUGUACAAGUAAAUUAAUUGUUGGGUGGUUAGUGAGAGUAACUUGGUGGAUGUCUUGGUAAGUUUAAAGUGAUGCCAAAGUUAAAUAUAAAACACGGCGUCUAAACGUACCACAACGUUUUUACGUUAGAGCGCCAAUCCUGGACCAAUGGAUCCAGGGACCAGUCUGUUCGUGCAUCUCGGCGUGGACCGGCAUUUUUAUAAUCGUUUUAAACACUAACACGAUCAUCAUAUAAAUACAUAAAUUUACAAUCGAUAUUAUUAUUAUUUUACAAAUUAUUUUUUUGUGUUUUUUUUUCUUUUUUUUCUCUUGAAGUAAUAAUAUUUCUAUUGUUUGGAUUAAAGUGCAUUUUAAUUUGUGACAUAGUGGAUUAAAACGAACGAAAAAAAAAAAAGAAAAAUAUCAUUGAGUUAAAGACAA